AUCUCUUUGGCUUCAACCAAACGGACGCACACAUUUCGGAGUGGAAACAAGUAAAAGACCUCUGACAAAACAACUGAAAGUCAAAAGAGAGCCCAGAAAAGGUAGCAACUCAACUUUUCCAACCCAAAUCAUUUUCCUACUUAAAAAAGAAGAAAUACAAUAAGAAAUUCCUGAGGGACACGCAGCAGGACGCCCAGGCGAGAGGAAGGAGCACAUUCCUGUCUUCACAAAGCCCACUGACGACAGAGUGGGCAAGAGAAGGGAAGCAGAGAGCUGAGAUCCUGUGAGAGCAUGAAGAUAAGCUGUGGCUCUCCUCACUGCAGCCCGACAAGACAUGACGUAACACGGGUGACCUGCUAAUCAAACAUGAUAGCCAUAAAGCUGUGACUGACAUUGAAAAGCCUACACCCCUUCUGUACCCUACACGGACCCCUAACCUCCUCUGUCAGCGGCCUUACCUGACACCGUUGCUGAAUUCUUUUUCACCGACAAACACAGCCUCCUUUGUGCCUGCCCUUGCAUUUCUCUUCUGGAUUGAAAAGCAUCCCCUCGUUCAUCUUCAUCAUGCAGAGUCUUUCCACCACAUCAGGUUUCAUUGCUAUUAUUUCCUCCCUCCUAAUUGCCAGCCGCUUUCCCGGUGUGGUCAACGGGGACUGCUGGCUCAUUGAGGGGGACAAAGGUUACGUGUGGUUGGCUAUCUGCAGUCAGAACCAACCACCGUACGAGACAAUCCCACAACACAUCAACAACACUGUCCAUGACUUGAGACUCAAUGAGAACAAACUUAAAGCUGUGUCCCUAAACUCCAUGUACCGAUUCACCAACCUCACAGAUCUCAAUCUGACCAAGAAUGAAAUCAGCUACAUCGAAGAUGGUGCCUUUUCGGGACAAGCUAACCUACAGGUCCUACAGCUGGGCUACAACAAACUAACCAACCUGACAGAGGGUAUGAUGAGGGGGCUCAGCCGAAUGCAAUGUCUAUUCCUCCAGCAUAAUCUGAUUGAGGUUAUCGCCAGCAAUGCAUUCUGGGAGUGCCCCAGCCUUAGCAGCAUUGAUCUGUCAUCCAACAAACUUGGCCGGAUUGAUCCCUCGACAUUCACAGUUCUAAAUCACCUAAUGGUUUGUGAACUAGCAGCAAAUCCUUUCCAUUGUGGCUGUGAUCUUUACAGUUUCCUUAUCUGGCUGGAAUCCUUCAACAACGUUACGCACACCUACGAUCGUCUUCAGUGCGAGACACCCCGGGAGAUGUUCGGCUUUCCCCUGCUGAGCCCCAUUGCUUCCGGUCAUGCCGCUCGAAAUGCCAAAAACAUCUUGUUCUCCCACUGCAGAGACGGAGUGAUGAUUCCUGGAAUGACAUCCCUCCCGCCAGACCUGGAUGGUCCUUCUGGGAUGGGUCCAGAUAUGUACGGUGGUGUGGGUCCUUACCACCAGCCAAACACCUCCACAGGGAUAGAAAACAACUUCAUUCCAAGCAUCAAGCUCCAUCAGGUGUCUUUGUCAUCAGCGUCGCUUCUCGUCCAGAUUCCAAGGCCCUUCAGCAAAAUGUAUAUUCUAACACAGUACAACCACACGUACGUGUCAGAUGUUAUGACGCUAAAGAACAACAAGGAAAAAAUCACCCUCAGCAAGCUCAAACCACACACCAAUUACACCUUCUGUGUCGCAUCCAUCCGUAACUCUCAAAGAUAUAACCACACCUGCCUCACGUUUUCCACUCGCUCCGAGAACAUACUCCCCACACCUUCCACCACUACACACUACAUCAUGACAAUAGUGGGCUGCCUAUUUGGCAUGCUCAUUGUUUUGGGCUUUGUCUAUUACUGUUUACGAAAGAAACGUAUGCAUGAUGAGAAGAAGAAGGUUAUCUGUGUCAAGAAAACUAUUCUGGAGAUGCGCUACGGACCUCAGGUGGCAGCAGCAGUUGCAAAUGAUCCAGCAGCAGUCCACAAGCUGCAGGAACACUCCAGAGAGCACCACCAAUAUCAUCACCACCAUGGGGGAAAGCUACCCAUGUCUACAUCCUCGAGCACUGGAAUGCUUCACUCAGCUAACACCAGUUCCUCAAGACUGUCGUCUAUCCCCCAAGUGGAAAAGAUGGCCACGGCUUUCUCAGAGGCCAUGGGAAGUAAAGGGAACUACAUGGAUAUCAGAAGUGGGGGGGCAGGGAUGGAGAGGCUCGGAGGAGACAGUGGGCAUGGAGUGAUGAGAGGGGAUGAUUUAAGGGAGGAUGAUGGAACUGAUGUUGGAGAAGACUCUGAGGACGACGGGCAUGGCUCAGCAUCAGAGAUCUCGACCAUUGCAAUGGAGGUGGACAAAGUCAACCAGAUUAUUAACAACUGCAUUGAUGCACUGAAGCUAGAUGCAGCAGCUGUUGCAGCUUCAGGCUCCUCUCCAAAUCCUACACCUUCCUCCAACCCUACCUCCCCACCCCCUAACAGCUCAUCCGCCCUUACCCGUGGCUUGAUUACUCUUUCACAAGGGAUGACGGACUCAUGCCAAGGUAACAAAAUCCCACUUCCACCCCCUCUCCCUGCCUUGAAUACCCCACUUUCUGAGCGCCCAGGGAUCAGCGGUGGUGGCUUCGUCGUCACCCCUCCCUACAGACCGCCACCACCGGCAAACGCUGUACGCCCCAUUCAGCGCCAAAUGAGUGCGGAUGCAGCUGUGGUGAUUGUGAACGCCGUCAAGAAACAGACCAGCACCAACUCUUGUGGCUCUGUAGGCCGGGACAGGGAGCGUGGAGGAGCUCGUGUCUAUAGUCUAGAUGUUCCAGAGCCAAGGAGUCCAGAUGCCUGUAAUCAACAACAAUACUCAGACCGGGCCAGUCCUGUGGGCUGUGGGGAGCCCCUGGAAAGACUGCCGUUAGUGGGGAGUAUGAGCUGCACUGGAGGGGGUGGCGGUGGUUGCGACAGUGGUGGUGUUGGUGCCCAACAUCAGGAAAACCAAAAUGCUCAUCAUUAUCAUCAACAGCAACAGCAGUUGGAUGUGCAGCAGGACUACCACUGCUCAGAGCACCGCCACUCUGUCCCAGCUCUCUACUACGACGGCUCCCACCAGGGGUCCCCAGCCCAGAGGGUUUCCUUCCUAAAGCCGCUAUCACGCUCCCGUAGAGAUGCAGCAUCUUACUCCCAGCUUUCGCCGGCUCGCCACCAUUCUAGUUACUCCGGCUACUCCUCCAGUCCUGAGUACUCCUCGGAGAGCACACUGAGGAUCUGGGAGCGCUUCCGUCCUUACCGUAAAGGCCAGCGUGAUGAGGCUUGUUACGUAACGGCCGGGAACGCCCUUCGGAAGAAGGUGCAAUUUGCUAAAGGCGAGGACCUGCAUGACAUCCUGGAUUACUGGAAGGGUGUAUCGGCACAGCAAAAGCUUUGACUGGGGGACCAGUAUUAAGCAUUGUUUGUUUACUUCUGGUUCUACUCUGCCAUUUGUAGGAUGGAGAACCUUCUUAAAGGUAGAGAGAAGAAAAAUCUUGGACACUACUUUGCCUUUUCGUUUUUUUGGCAUGCUCUGUGUAUAGGAUAUUGUGCUUCGAGCACAGACUGUGCAACUGUGCCUGGGACACCUGGGAUAUAACUCACAAUGGCUUUUUUAUUUUACAAUUCAUUGUAGCACCGUUUAUAGAACAUUUUACAUUUUCAGGUUUUGUUGAUCUCACAAAUAGCAAAAGUUAACAGUUUAAUAAUAUUUGCGUGGCCACGUUUUGGGAUCUUUUAGACCAUACUCGCUCAGUGCCAUGUGUUUUAAUCUUUGGGAAAUCACCGGUGUUAAAUUAGAAGAACUCAUCACUGGAGCUGGGAGGUAUACAUAAUGCAGCACGUGGAUAUAUUUAGACCCGAGUGGAAGUUACUCUGUUGGAGGUGACCACAUGCUGAACUGUUGACAGAGAUGUCAAAUACAGGCUGGACGUACCAGAUGGGGCAGAGACAUUUGCAUUUCAACAGCUAAUGCCACACACGGAGAAGUAAAUACAUCAAUUGUGGCCAUGAUAAAAGGAAAUCUGCGGUUUAACGUCAGUAUGAAAGAUUGACAUCAGUGCGUAGCAUUUUUUUUUUUUUCUUAAUUAUUAUGUCAACAAGUGAUGCAAAUGGGAUUUUGUGAGAAUCCGUGGAAGAUCAUACAGCAGGAGAAGACAAGUAACAGUACAUUCCAAAUCAUUUAACAUUUAAAUGUAAUAACACAGGGGUAAAAAACCCUUUUAAUAUUACUGCCAACAUCUCUUUUCAGUUAUCUUCUAAUGUCAAUUGACUCAAUUAUCCAUCUCGUGACAGGCAUGUUCGCUUAUGGUUUAUAACCGUGUGUGUGUGUUCAGUACACAGUGGUCAGUGUAAGUGGGUGUUGGCAUGCCUUGUCAGAUUAUAUUGUCUGCGCCCAAAUUGAUUUUAAUUCAUACUUGUGAAUAUAUAUGGAUGUCUGGCUGUGUAUAACUAAUGUCACAUGACUAAACAUGUGGAUGAAUGCACAAAUAACAACAGUUAUUUCUCAGACAUACUGUACAUGGUGACACUCAGCUAUUCUUAAGCUGCACAGUGCCUCUUGCUACUGUUUGAGCACCAUUAUCCAAUUGUUGUUGGCCUUUUGCAAAGAUCCGCCCAAACCGCUGUGAAACAUGACCAUUCUUGGUCGUUUAACUGCUACCGUAAAAUGUGAAAAACUCAAGUGAUCCUUGCCUCAUAUUUCUAUUUAGGGCUAAACUCCACAGAAAACUGCUUAGAGACAUUCAAGGUGUUUUUAUUGUUUAUUGUCUUGUACAUAUGAGUUGUAAGGGAAAGAAAGCUUGGGAAGCUUUAACCGUAAGCAUAUCUGCCACAUAAAGCAAAAACAUACAUAUAUAUUUUUUCUAUUUCUUUCCCUCAAGUCAUCUUUCCUUAAGCUGUUCUCAGAAGAAUUAAGUAGGAUUUUGUACAAAAAGUAAUUAACUAUGAAAAAAGACUAAAGAAGUACUAUUGGAUUUCCUGGAACAAGGGCAUUGGAAACAAAUCAAAUUAAACUUUUGUUUUUCUUAAUUUGUAUGUUGAGAAGAACAAUGCUGCAUUUAGGGGUUCCAGUUGGACUAAGAGUGGGCUAACGGUUCUAUGUUUUUAAAAGAUAGGCUGGGCCAUUGAAAGUAUAACAUAGGGAUGAUAUGCAUUUCCCGAUUAAUCAUUUAACAAAUCAACAAUUGAAUGUUGGGAUGUGGCUUAUUAUAGUUGCGCUUAUUGACGUGCUGCAAAGUUGCAGUUAGGUUAAUGUUCUCAGGUUGACGCAGACGUGUUGGCAGAAUUCACCAUCCUGUCAUACCACAUGGCUCGUUAGAGAUGGCAUUGCAAUUAUAAUAAAAUGUACCCAAUUUUCCAGACUAUAAGGCGCACUUAAAAUAUAUUUUUUUCUCAAAACUUGACAGUGCGCCUUAUAACUCGGUGCGCCUAAUGUAUGCAAUAAUUCUGAUUUUGCUUACCGACCUCGAAGCUAUUUUAUUUGGUACAUGGUGAAAUGAUAAGUGUGACCAGUAGAUGGCAGUCAAACAUAAGAGAUACGUGUAAACUGCAAUAUGACUCAAGUAAACAACACCAACAUUGUAUAUGUUCCAUUGAAAAUAUAGAACAUUACACACGGAGCUCAAAAAUCUAUCAAAAUGUUUUAGUACGACUUUGGUAAGCUAUGAAUCCCGCACCGCUUGAUGGAUUGUACUGUGCUCAACAUACAGGUAUUAUUAUGGUGUGUGUAUAAGGUAAGACAUAUUUGGCGUUUUGUUUCGCAAUAUUGUGCAAAAGCAACUUUUCUUACCUUCUGGCACCUGAUGAUCUGUAUUUGGGAUCUGAGUCCUGUAAAAUUGCGCGCGUCCGCCUUUGUAGUCCGUGUCGACUACGUAGUCAAUAAGCUUUUUCUUAUGACUUAAUCUUCUUGUUAUGGGACAUUCAUCCUCCGCUGUUGCCAUUUCUAAUAUAAAGUAGUGUAAAGUUCUUACUUAUAUCUGCCAUGAAAGCGCUAAAACAUACCUGUGUAGUGAGUUUACAUUAUUCACCCAAGGAACUUUAGUUAUUAGAGAGUUCCGGUCAGAGGUUUUUUCAUGGGACACAUUUCCAGCGGAUGAGGAGAUGCUGCUCCGUUAUUGAUUUAAGUAAAGUAUGAAUGUCAUUAAAACAGUUAGCUCCAUCCUUUGACACUUCUUCCACCCCCGUCCUUGCACGCUACACCGCUACAACAAAGAUGACACUCCCGAAGGUGAGCCACGUAUAUAAGACCGCCCACAAUACGGCACAUCCUGAAGCAACUGUCAGAAACAUAAUCUAUGCAACAUUUUGACCAAAGAACCACUGCUACAUGUUAUGUAGACCACAAGGAAGUGUUUUCAAUUCAUAAAAAAAUAAUAAUGAUAUGAUAAUCCGGUGCGCCUUAUAUAUGAAAAACGAUCGAAAAUAGACCAUUCAUUGGCAGUGCACUUUAUAAUCCAGUGUGCCCUAUGGUCCGGAAAAUACGGUACAGUGGUACUUAAAGGUCCGACAAAGACCAAAUCGUAAAAAGCAUUAGAAAUUAUUUAAAUACAAUUAAUCGGUUGCAGACACUCAUAGAUAAUGCACAAAAUGGCGAAGGAGGAGGAGAGAGGUAAACCACGCGGGCACCGCCUUUUUACUUUAUAUUCAAUAGUGUUUUUCACCUUAUUCAUCAGAGUACUCGCACUUGCAACUUUCAUGCGUCCCAUGGUGGGUUGUCACAGUUGCAUUCAGGGCUGCCCCACCCUAAACUCUAGCCCCUUUUUGUACGAAGAAGCGCAUAUAAAAUGGCAAUUAACGAAUGACAGGGCGCGUCAUAUGAAAUAUGAAUUCAUGCUCCGUCGCUGAUAAGAAUACAGGUGAAACUCAAACAAUUUGAAUAUCGCGCGCAAGUUUGUUCACGUCAGCAAUCCAACGUCAAAUGUGAAACUAAUGUGAUAUAAACUCACCACAUGCAAAGUGAGACGUGUCAAGCCUUUAUUUGUUAUCAUUUUGAUGAUCAUGGCAUACAUAUUAUCUGAGACUUAAUUCAAUUUAUUUCAAUUCAUUUUCGUAAAAUCAAAAUGUAAUCAAAAGAAGGCUUGACAAAUGAAGAGUUGCAUGUUAUGAUCCUUUAUGAUGUAUUAGUUUCACCUUGUAAAUCGAAUUGCUGGAAUAAACAAACUUAAAAAAAUAUAUUAUUUAUUUAUUUGUUUCACCUGUAUUAUGGCAAAUUUCCCUACUUAGUACUUCUGGCUCCUGUGGCAUGCAGUUUUAGUGCCGGCCUUGUCAAGGUAAAGGGUACCGGGUUCAAGUCCCAGUCAUAAUUAACUUCUAAAGGGCUUAGUGGCCACAUGCGUGGACAGCACCUUUUAGCUCUUAUUUCCAAAAUUGUGUACACUACUGAAUUGGGGUCUUAUGGCCGCUUAUGUGGACACUUAUACUGCCAUCUGGUGGUGUCAGAAGAGUAUAUCAUACAAUGGAAUUUGGAAAAAAAAGUGUAUGAAUUAGCAUGUCACUAAACAUGAAGUACAUGUUUGUUACUUAUGGACUAAGUACAUCAUAUAAAAAGAUGAUUCUUAUUUUUUUUAAAUUCUAAUUAGGGUCCAAUAAGCCCAAAUAGCAAAGAGAAAUUAAAAAAAGCAUGUAAACAAACAGCUUGGGCCUUAAGAGGUUAAGAUAGAAGUGUUUAAAAAAAUAUAUUUUUUUAAUUAUGUUAAAAUUGUUAUUUUUCACAAAAGCAAUUUUUUUAACUAUUUAUUUCCCAUUUAUUCAUUUUUGAACAAAACAUGCAUCACAUUAAAUUUAGGUUUCAUUUAAAAAAAAGUAUAAAAAUGGUUUCGCAUGAAUAAAAAAGUUUGAACACAUUUUGUAAUGCGGAGGGGCUCCAAAUAAUUUAGCCUGGGACUACCCUGGUUUGGGCACUCAAGUCCACAAAAUGAUAAGCUAUAUAGCCAUCUUUGCAUUGACAUUUUAACAUUGCCAGCAAACAUAGAACACUAGGGUCCAAACUUGUGAUUUACAUAACUGAGGCGUUCCUCAAGGCAUCCCUUAAAGUCCUCUCAUUUUGGCAGUUACGCUUCUUUUUUUAUUACUUAUGUAACAAAGGUGUUGCAGUAGCUUGUUUUCGUCAGAUGCAGUCAGUAGCCACUUGUUCAUCUGUUUUAGUUAUACUGGUGGUGAUCCUCAAGGUUCCAUCUGGUGGCGCCUGCGAGUUCAGUUAAAAAAAAACAUGUGAGAAACUCACAUUUUUGCAGCAUCUUAGACUAGCUUUUUUUGCACGGCACUCCUUUAACUCUGAAAAAAUAAAUAGACUAAAAUCAAAUGUCUACUACGGUUGUACGGUAUACCGGUAUUAGUAUAGUACCGCGAUACCAAUGAAUCAUAUUCGGUACUAUACCGCCUCUGAAAAGUACCGGUCUGCCGUCGUCGUCACGUCGUGUCAUUGCUGGUUUACGAGCAGAGGAGCAUGUUCGGCAGCGCACAAUCACGGAGUACUUACAAACAGACACAGUGUGUGGACAGAAAAGGGGGAACGGACGCAUUUUGGCUUAAAAAUUAAAGAUAAAGGUGAAGUUAUAACACUGAAACGCCCUCAGGAAGAGGUGCUUUAAGACAUGGCUAGCUAGCUAGCUAGCGGCUAAAGUCCAGCCGCAGUCUGGAGUGUUUUAGCUACUUCUAAAUCACUAAUCCUCGCCUCCAUGGCGACAAAUAAAGUAAGUUAAUUAAAAGUAUCAUUCCUGCAGGACGAGGAAUAGCUAAACAUGCUUCACUACACACCGUAGCUCACCGGCGUCAAAAUGUAAACAAACGCCAUUGGUGGAUCUACACUUAACAUCCACUGUAAUGAUACCAAGUACAGGAGCGUAUCUAGUCGAUACUACUAUGAUUACGUCAAUAUUUUCUGGCAUCAUAACAUCUUCUUUCGUUUAAAAAAAAUUUAUAUUAUGUUUAUAAACUCUGGAAAUAUGUCCCUGGACACAUGAGGACUUUGAAUAUGACCAAUGCAUGAUCCCGUAACGACUUGGUAUCGGAUUGAUACCCAAAUUUGUGGUAUCAUCAAAAACUAAUGUAAAACAUCCAAACAAGAGAAGAAUAAGUGAUUAUUACAUUUUAACAGAAGUGUAGAUAGAACAUGUUAAAAGAGAAAGUAAGCGGAUAUCAACAGUAAAUGAACAAAUAGAUUAAUAAUUCAUUUUCUACUGCUUGUCCUUAAUAAUGUUGACAAAAUAAUAGAAUGAUAAAUGACACAAUAUGUUACUGCAUAUGUCAGCAGCAAAAUUAGGAGCCUUUGUUUGUUUACUUACUACUAAAAGACAAGUUGUCUUGUAUGUUCACUAUUUUAUUUUAGGACAAACUUGCAAUAAGAAACAUAUGUUUAAUGUACAAUAAGAUUUUUUGUUAAAAUAAAGCCAAUAAUGACAUUUUUUGUGGUCCCCUUUAUUUAGAAAAGUACAGAAAAGUAUCGAAAAGUAUGGAAAUAAUUUUGGUACCGGUACCAAAAUAUUGGUAUCGGGACAACACUAAUGUCUACUGUAGAGGACGCUUUUGAUUGAUCGAUUGAUACUUUUAUUAGUAGAUUGCACAGUACGGUGCAUAUUCCGUACAAUUGACCACUAAAUGGUAACACCCGAAUAAGUUUUUCAACUUGUUUAAGUCGGGGUCCACGUUAAUCAAUUCAUGGUGGUUCUCAGGAGUAUACAAAAUAAAAAUAACAAUGACGGGAGAACCCGGCCUCACAGUCCUUAGCUUUCUGGAAAAUUGACCCCUUAAACAGCUUAGUUGUAUAUCCCUUCACUACAAGGAUAUUAUUGACACAAGUAUAUAUUUUUCAAAUGCUUUGUAUUUUACUAACUUUUUGUACGAUUUUCGACAGCAUUCUUCUGAGAACACCUUGCUUUGUUUGGUUUCUUUGACUCCCUGUGACCUCAAACAGGAUUUUGUUUAUGUUCCACAUUUCGGUCUUGAAAAUGACAAAGUUGCGAAUGAGAUUAAACCCUCCAAGGUUCCAAAUGUGGUGCUUGUGGCUCUGGAAACAACUGCUGGAGGGUUUUUUUCUCUGGGAAAAUGUUCUUCGAACUGGGAUCAUCUUAAAAGGUUGCCAGUCUACUGUGAUUGAAGCCCAUGUUCACCACUUCAUCUGACAUGAUUUCCUUCUUUGCCAAAACAAGUUCACACAAGACAAGAAGUGGUGGACGUUCAUUGCAGCUGUCACUAAAUAAAAUGAUGAAAAAUGUAUUUUAUGGUCAAGGUCGCCCUGUAUAGGACCCUGCGACCCAUUGGUGGCCGAAGAGGCCCAUGUAAUUUUACCACAAACUUAUUCCUAGCCCCUUCCUGUUUUGUCACUGAUAUCAAAAUAACAGCACAUCCUUGAUCAAUAAUUUAAACAUCAUUUGUGAAAAAAAUGUGUUCAGAGUUCAAUCGAAAAGUUUUUAUUGAUGGAAUUGUAUAAAAAGAGACGUGUUUAAGUGCUCUCCUGCUCAGUACUUUCAAAUUUAAUUUGAACAUUUGACAGAAGCCGGGUGACCUUUUUACUUUAAAUUAUGGCGUUAAAAGCCUUGAAGUCUCUUGGGGAAAAAAAACUGUGUUUUUAUUCAAAUGAGACCUAUAUUGCCGACACUGACAUAACUGAAAACCUGCUGGCACAAGCGAGCUGUGGAAAUAGGAAUGGAUUUAAAAAAAAUGUAGUUUGUUGGUGCACUAAAUGAAACAGUAAUGCAAGUAGUUGCUGUUUGAAAACAUUAAUUUGCUUUGGAACGUUUAUUUAUGGUUUUUGUUGUUCAUCAUUUACAAUAUGAAAGCUAAACUACAUAAAACAGUAAUGCAAGCAGUUGCUGAUUGAGAUUUUUAAUAGUUAUUAAAUCACUUUGGAACAUUUUAUUUUUGUUUUUUCCAUCAUUUCAAUCAUAUUUACACCAUGAAAGCUAAACCAAACAAAAAUAAUGUUGUCAAUUGCUGAGUGAGAACAUGAAUGGCCUUUAAAAUACUCACUUGGGAACAUUGUAUUUAUGUUUUUUUUUUUUCAUUUUUUUUUUUCAUCAUUUUAAUAUGGAAAUAGA